UUCCAGUGAAAUUGGAAUUUUGAAAAUAUUGCAAAUCAUCAUUUUGCAAACCAUUUAGUCACAAUAUUUUGAGGAACUUAGGCAUGCCUAGGGAAAAGUCAUAUUCGCCACGAAGAGGCUAUAGAAGGACACCAGAGAAACGCUAUGACAGAAGAAAAAGGUCAAGAUCACCUAGAGGAUCAAGAUCACCAAGAAGGUCAAGGUCAUUCUCCCCGAAGUACAGAGGGAAAAAACAGUUUUCUCCAAAACACAGAUCUUUAGGAUUUAGCAGAGGAAGAGGAGGAGGAUACAAUGUGCCUUAUGGAAGAAAACCUUCAUUUGAAAAACGUGACAGAUCUCCAUAUAGAAGAGAUUCAGGCCAUCGUUAUUCUAGAUCUCACUCACCAUCACCAAAGAAAAGGUCUCGUUCCCGCUCACCAAGGAGAAAGUCCCCUGAAGUAUCUGGGAGGGGAUUGCGACCAAUAAGCUUGGAUGAAAAGAGGAGAGAUUCAUUUAAUGUAGGAUUAGCAUCACUGGGACAUCCUGAGACAUCAACCUUUCCUGUUUCCCUUGAGGACCCCUUCAGUAAACCUUCAUCCUCUCUGGGUGUUGGGGGAUUUAAAUCCUAUCGGGAUCUGUCACCUGACAACUCUCUCUCAGCACUGCCCCCUGGUGUCAUUGGAACAGUGACAGUAGCUCCCCCUAGUUCCAGGAGGCCACUUUUAUCUGAGAGAUUCGAAAGUAUUGACUCAGACUUUGUAGGACCAAUCAGAAUUGAUGAAAACAUCACCAUAGGGAUUCAUCGCACUGGCCCUAAUCUACGCAAUACUUCAAAUAAGCCUGUUGUUAGGAAUAUUGAUAUGUAUAAUUUUGUUAUGUUACGUAGGAGAGAUGAAGGAAAGAAGCCUAUAUUUGAUCGAGAGGAAAUUAAAAUUUUUGGCCUAGAUAAUAUUUUAGAUGAGCAGAUUUAUGAUGAGAAGAGAACUAUAAGUGUAGUUCCAUCCGAUGAUCACAAGAAAUCCAUCCGUUCAGGCAGCAGGUACUCCCCAGAUAGACAGGACACAAGAACUGUGCGAUCUGCAGACCGAUCCAGAGAACCCAAAGUCAGGUUGAAUCCUAAGCCUGAUCCUCGGUAUGAGAAAAUCUUCCAGGAAUCAGAGGCAUAUGAUAGUAAAAGCAUUAAUCCAAAUGACUUACGGCAUAAUCUGAUGAAACGGAAACAUGAUGAUGAGGAUUCUUUUGAUGCAAGGAGGAAGCUGGAAGAUAGGAGGAAAGGCUCAGGACGGGAUCACUCGGACAGAGAUAGGAAGAGAUCACUAGAUGAAAGGUUAGGAAAGAAGUCUGAUUCUGAGGAACUGCCAGAUUUUAAAAACAGACCAGGGAAGUAUAAAUUUGAAGCAUGGAAGGAAAAUCCUGAAAUGAUACCCAAGAAUCCAAUGUAUUUUGAGCAUGAUAACAGAGAAGGAGAUUCUGGUUCAAGAGGAAGAUUUAAUAACUCUCGGGGAUUUCGAGGACGAUUUCGGAGGCCCUUCAGAGGAGGGUACCGAGGACGGGGGUUUAGAGGCAGAUUCAGGGGGCGUGGCUACAGUAAUUACAGACCAACUUCUAAUGACUAUUCCUCUGAAAGGGAGGGAGAUGAUGACUAUGACAAAAAAUAUGAUUCAUAUUAUAAAUCAGAUAAACGUUCACGUGACUACUCUGCAGAGGGAGAUGACAAUUACAACAAAAAAUAUGGAUUUCAUUAUAAAUCAGAUAAACGUUCACGAGAUUUAGACACCUGGAAACACGACUUGUAUGACGCCAUAGAAAAGGAAGAGAAGGAGGAUAUUAAAACAGAGGACAAGUCACAUGAUGAUAACAAACCGACCAGUACCACGACCACAUAGAAAUAACAAUACUACCACAUACACAAUCAGUACUAUAAUAUCACACAAGUACCACUACCACAUAGAAACAACACUACCACAUACACAAUCAGUAACAUAAUACCACACAAGUACCACUACCACUUAGAAACAAUACUACCACAUACACAAUCAGUACCAUAAUACCACACAAGUACCACUACCACAUAGAAACAACACUACCACAUACACAAUCAGUAACAUAAUACCACACAAGUACCACUAGCACUUAGAAACAACACUUCCACAUAAACAAUCAGUACCGUAAUACCGCACAAGUACCACUACCACCUAGAAAACAACAC